ACCAUGCAUGGCAAAGAGGCCUCGGUUCAACUCAUUGGCACACUCCAAGGAACCCCCAGCAUCCGUCUCCGAAUCGCCUGACACUUUGCCCCAGAGCUCAAAAAUUGAAAGUCUCGACGCGCUGAUACGCGAGUCGAGACAACUUGGACCCCCAUGCGCUACUCGUUAGUCUCCCACAGCUCGUCGCCAAAGCAUUUCCGACCGGCACGAGUAAUACCCACCUCGACUGGUGCGCCCCGCCGAUUCAUACCGGCCUUCCCCAGAUCCACGCGGGUUUGCGUCCGGCCACAUACACACGCACACUGACUCGAUUGCGGGAUACAGAGCGGAGACGCCUGACUCCGCAGCUGGGCAGCACGGCGUCUGCUAUAAAGAACUGGAGAACUGGCAGAUCCUCUUGCACACCGCUGCAUUGGUCUCUCCCUUCAUUCUUUCGUUCCUGAGUGUUCUCGUUUGCGCUUGAUACCCUGAUACCAUGGCAGACUUUUUGGUGCCUUCGACUGCGAGCCCCGAGACAGAUGCUCAGCAUCGUCGACGGGGACCCAUCCAUGCCCAGCGCCAUGUUCGCGUGGUGUGUAUUGGAGCUGGUGCAUCGGGUCUCCUGAUGGCGUACAAGCUGCAGCGGCACUUCUCCAACUACUCCCUCACCGUGUACGAGAAGAACGCCGAGGUCUCAGGGACGUGGUUCGAGAACAGAUAUCCCGGCUGCGCGUGUGAUGUUCCCUCGCACAACUACACAUGGUCGUUUGAGCCGAAGCUGGACUGGAGCGCCGUGUACGCGAGCUCCAAGGAGAUUUUUGCGUACUUCAACGAUUUCGCGAGGAAGUAUGGGCUGCACAAAUAUGUCAAGACGCGACACCAAGUCGCCGGUGCAAUAUGGAACAAGCAGAAGGGCGGCUACGAUGUGCAGAUCAAGGAUCUCGAAAGUGGACAGAUUAUCGAUGAUCACUGCGACAUCCUCAUCAAUGCGUCUGGUAUCUUGAACAAUUGGGCAUGGCCGGCCAUCCCGGGCAUCGACAAGUACAAGGGCGUGCUCCUACAUACAGCAAACUGGGACGAGAAGAUCGACCUCCGAGGACGUCACGUCGGCCUUAUUGGCAAUGGCUCCUCCGGCAUCCAAGUCCUUCCUACAAUCCAACCCCACGUCAAGAAAGUAACAACCUUCAUCCGCGAGCCCACCUGGGUCUCCCCCGUCCAAGGCCUCGAACAACACGUCUUCUCCGCCCAGGAACGCACCGACUUCGCCACCAAGCCGGGCGUGCUAACAUCCUACCGCAAAGACGUCGAGCGCGGCCUCAACGGCCAAUUCGGCAUUUUCCUCAAGGACACCACCACAAACACCGACACCGAAGCCUACUUCCGCCAGCAGAUGACCGAGAAGCUGUCGAACCCCUACCUCGAGGAGCGCCUGAUUCCCAACUGGCACGUCGGCUGCCGCCGCCUGACCCCGGGCGUCGGGUACCUCGAAGCGCUGGGCAAGCCCAACGUCGACGUCGUCUACGGCGAGAUCAACGAAAUCACAGAGCGCGGCUGCCGCUGCGACAAUGGCAACGAGUAUCCCGUCGACGUCUUGAUUUGCGCCACGGGCUUCAACACGUCGUUCAAGCCGCGCUUCCCCGUCGUCAACAGCCGGGGGACCAACCUCCAGGACGUCUGGGCGCAGGAGGCCCAGUCGUACUUUGGCGUCGCGGCCGCCGACUUCCCCAACUACCUCAUCUUCCUCGGCCCCAACUGCCCCAUCGGCAACGGGCCCGUGCUGUCUGCGAUCGAGUGCCAGGCCGACUACAUGUGCAAGCUCAUCGACCGCUUCCAGACGCACAACAUUGCGACGUUUGCGCCCAAGAAAGAAGCCGUCGACGACUUCAUCGCGUUCAAGGACGACUUCAUGCAGAAGACGGUGUGGCAGGACCCGUGCCGCAGCUGGUACAAGGGGCGCCCCGACGGCCCCAUCACCGCGCUGUGGCCCGGGAGCACGCUGCACUACAUCGAGGCGAUGAUGGAGGUGCGUCACGAUGACUGGGAGGUUGCGUACAGCGGGAAUCGGUUCGCGUGGAUGGGCAACGGGUACAGCCAGACGGAGCUGGAUCCCACGGCCGACUGGGCGUUUUACAUCCGCGACCAGGACGACGACGAGCCGCUGAGCAGGGGGAGGAAGCUGCAGAUGAUCAACAAGAGUGGGACCGUGCAGCAGACCAAGGUGGUGAACUUCACGGGGAGGGAUGCCAGCGAGGCGGCGCCCAAGUUGUAGGGGGCCACGUCGGACGUGGAACGGCCGUUGAGGGCGUGGAGGGGGUGAGCGAUGAGACGAGGGAGGCAUGAUAGCAUGAUUGAUGUACAU